AUGAACAAGAUAUCAGAAGGUGCCCGUGAAUGGGAGACAUUCAAAUAUGAUUCUUUCCACAUUCCCAAUGCUGUGUUCAACAGUCCCGACCGACCGAUCCCCUUCUCAUCCAUCUCAUCGUCUCCGGAUACUGGCCUCACUUCCUUUGCGCAGCUAGGUGCCUUGCGACUAAACGCAUCGCGCGCCUUGAUUUCGCUAUUCGAUCGUCAGCAUCAAUACAUCGUCGCCGAGGCUACUCGGUCAAUGCCCCUGGCCCCGAAUACCAAGUACACGAGGCAAAACCAUCUUUGGCUUUGCGGAACAGCCAUUCCUCGCGACUUUGGAAUCUGCGAGCAUGUUUUGGUCGGAGCGACUUACGCGGCCCCCAGCAGCCUCUAUCCGACAGCCCACGUCACUGACGAGAACGAACUUCCUGUGUCUGUAGUCCCGGAUCUUGCUGCUGACCGGCGAUUUUGUAAUCGUCCUUACAUUGAUGCAGCGCCAUACAACCGCUUUUACGCGGGUGUUCCCAUCCGGUCUCCCAAAGGAAUCAACAUUGGGGUAUACUGCAUCUUUUCUGAUAAACCGAGGAAUGGUCUCGAUACCGAGGAAUUGCAAUUCAUGCGCGAAAUUUCCCACACAGUAAUGGAAUACCUCGACGCUAGAAGAGUAAAUGAGAGCUACCGCCGAAGCGAGCGCAUGGUGCAAGGAUUGGGAAACUUCAUCGAAGGUAGAGACGACCCAGUGCCGACUGCGAGAACCACGCCUCGAGCGUCUUUGAACGGAUUUGAGCCCCCAGGCUGGCGAUCUUCCGAGUCCCCUGAACCCGUCCGCCCGGGCAUCAAUCCGAUCAGAGUAGACUCGAAUGAUUCAUCAACCAAGGUCGAAUCGAGCGACUCCGUUGAGACGACUGCCACGACUGCGACAGUCGCCACCACUACCUCGAGCACGGCGCCCCCUGACCCGCAUUUGACAGAAACCAUCAAGAUCUUUUCGAGGGCCGCCAAUGUGAUCAGGAAAUCCCUCGAAGUAGACGGCGCCUUAUUCCUGGAUGCGAGCAUCGGCUCCUUUGGUGGCCUUGUGACCGGUCCACGGAGGGCCAGUGAAGUAGCAGACCACACAUUUUCCAGCAGCGAGGACAGUCUUUCUGAGAAGUCCGAAGACGCCAACGACAAAUGGUGCAAGAGCUUUGGAAGGUCGUCGACGAUGGACGACAUUGCCAAUGGCGCCAGUGCACCACAGCUCGGCCGUCUAACGUUGCGCGAAAAGUUCCUCAGGAAAUUGCUUCGUCGAUACCCCAACGGCAAGGUUUUCAGCUUCGAUGAGACGGGUCAGUGGUUGUCCGCCGACUACGAAAGCGAUGAUGCCGACAUCACCCCCACUGAAGAACACGAUCUCCCGGCCGCACGUCCUGAACAAAAAGCAGCACAUUCGUACUUCACGAGGCGGAACGAGGCCAAGACCAUCAUCGACAUCUUCCCAGGCGCGAGGAGUGUAGCUGUAGUACCGCUGUGGGAUCCUUCAAAAGAACGAUGCUUUGCCGGAGGUUUUGUGUGGAGCAAGAGCGCAACUCGGAUAUUGACGCCGGCGGCAGACCUGCCUUUCUUACGAGCAUUCGGGAUGGUCACCAUGUCUGAGGUCAUUAGAUUGGAUGCAGUUCUGGCAGAGAAGGCAAAGACAGACAUUUUGGGUUCUCUCAGCCACGAGCUUCGGUCGCCGCUCCAUGGCGUGGUCGCUGCUGCAGAACUUCUUCACGAUACACAGUUGGAUGCUUUCCAGGUCGACGUGAUUCACACCAUUGAGAUUUCGGGCAAAACUCUUCUCGACACAAUUGACCAUUUACUCGACUAUAGCAAGGUCAACACGUACCUGCGAGCUUCCAAGUCUCAGCGGAAGAAUAACGGCCCAGGGCGUGGGCUGCGACAAGAAGCAUCGGCAUCGAUCGAAUCUGGUAUGAUGAGCUUGGUUUCCGACGUCCACCUUGACUUGCUUGUAGAAGAGGUCAUUGAAAGUGUAUUCAUCGGCUACAGCUUCCACCACAUGGUUGCCAACUCUCUGGCACGCCACGGCUCAUCUUCAGGCCCUCCAACACCGGCGCAAGAGAAGCUGGAUGCCAUUGCGACAUCCGAUGGGCUGGGUCACAGGCGGAAACCCUCUGACGCGCCUGCUGCCACUAUGAAGGACGUCAAGAUUCUGGUCGACAUCGAUCCGAAUUGCGCGUGGGUAGUCCACACGAAUCCGGGCGCCAUUCGUCGGAUAGUCAUGAAUCUGUUUGGAAAUGCCCUCAAGUACACAUCCAAGGGAUUCAUCAAAGUCCACCUCAGGCAAGAGGAGGUCGUACACAAGACAUCUCGGUCGGCAUCGAUGGUUGUGCUCACCGUCACUGAUUCGGGCAAAGGUAUCACCGAAGAGUUCUUGCACAACAAGCUCUUUACACCGUUCUCCCAGGAAGACGCACUCGCACCGGGUACUGGUUUGGGGCUCAGCCUUGUCAGACAGAUUGUGGCAGGCCUCGGUGGCACAAUCAGUGUGGAGAGUCAGGUCGGCCAUGGAACGAGCAUCACGGUAUCGAUGCCACUGGUGCUGUCUCGCAAAGCGAGCAGCAGGGGACGCAAGUUUUCUGCCGACCUGAAUGCCCUGGCCGGAACGCGACUCUCGGUGUGCGGGUUCAGCAGAGGACUUGGAGAUUCGGACGAGCUUCGCGCCGGUGGACUGGAUCUUCCUGUGGAAAGCUUGCCAUUCAAGUGGAUGGAUCUUAAGCUCAACGAGGACAGCCGAACUGCGUCCAAGACGGAUUUGAUGGUUUGCAGUGAAGAGGCGUUUAGACGUCUCGGUCUGUCAGAAACUGGAGGUGUUGAUACCCCGCUGGUCGUAGUCUGUGGCAAUGCCGAAUCUGCCCAGAAAUUGGCUACUUCCUACAGACGCUCCCUUCGCCACGAAGCUGUUAUGGAGUUCAUAGCGCAGCCUACUGGCCCCAGAAAGGUUGCAAAGGCUCUUGCUUGCGCACUUGAUCGCUGGAAGCAAAGACAGCCUGCGAAGACGAUAUCCGUUAGUCCCGUGUCGGAUGCCUUCCCAGGGCCUGCUCCAUCGCCACGCGCUCUGAAGUCGGACGCUCUAUUGACGAGACCGCGAGCGCAAUCCGAGUCGGUCAAAGUGGUACGAGUGGCCUCACCGGCUACCGAGAUCGUAUCUCAGUCACCUGGAGAUAGCUGGAUUGCCAACACUAACGACUCUAACUUUACUUUAACGCUCCCCUUCCGCCCGGCCGCGUCAGCAGCGGCGCCGGCUACCUCGACAGCUUCAGCUAGAGGUAACAUGAACUCGAGCGUCAGCCCGUCUCCUGGAACCGUUAAGUCACCGCUAGAAUUUCUUUUGGUGGACGAUAAUCCGAUAAAUCUCAAGAUUCUAUCGGCAUACAUGAGGAGGCUGCAAAAACGACAUGCCACUGCUUCCAACGGCCUUGAGGCCCUGCAGACAUAUACGUCUCACCCGCAGAGGUUUUGCUGUAUUCUCAUAGAUAUAACGAUGCCUGUAAUGGACGGGCUCGAAGCUACACGGCGCAUCAGGAAAUUUGAACGGGCGCACAACCUCCCACCCGUGACGGUUAUUGCCAUCACGAGUUUGGGAUCGACCGGCGCUCGACAGGAGGGUUUUGCGAGCGGAAUGGAUUUAUUCUUGACACGACCAGUGACCAUGACCGAAUUGGUCAAAAUAUUGAAACAGAGGAAACUCGUGGACGAGGCGGCGGAAAAAGAGGUCCUAUCUUAA